UAUAUUCAUUCCUCCAAGGGGAGAUUAAGGUGCGUAAAUAUGUUUAGCUACUUUUUCUUGAUUAUUUUGCUAAUAUCCAUCGUAAAUGGAAAGAAGGGAUUAGUUUGCAAAGAUGGAGACAACGAACCAUGUAGAUGCGAUUUAGUGGAUGGAUCAGGAAUCAUUGAUAUUUCGUCUCUGGGAAACCAUUCUUACCCACGAUGGACAAAUAUUAGCGCCCCAACACCACUUAACGGCCCAUUAUAUUCCUACAAUCCAUGUUAUCCUUUCACGGAUGGAAACUUGAAAAAUCUCGCAGCAUUGCAAAUAGCAAGUGGCGACAAGUAUGAUAUUGGAAGUCAGACAACAGCUGUAUUCGUUCAAGUGGGUGACCAAAUAGCGAUCAAUUAUACAGCAAACAGUUUACUUGGAGAUUCUCGGCACAGUCAAGUGACCUUGACCUGUUCAAAAGGGAAACAAGACAAUUUUAUUGUUAAAGGAGAAGUCACACCCAAUUCAGGAUUUUACAAAUUCGAAUUAGUUGGAAACACUCUUUGUCCAAAGAAAUCUGGUGGUGGGCUGAGUGCUGGUUCUGUUCUUCUAAUAAUAUUCUUUGUUUUGUUGUUCGUGUAUCUAGUCGGGGGGAUUUUAUAUAAUAGAUAUAAAAAUGAAGAAACUGGUUUAGAUAUGUUACCCAACAAGGAGUUCUGGGCAUCUCUACCCGGUCUUAUUGCGGAUGGGAUCAAGUUUAUAUUUGGUGGAUGCAAAGCCAGUCCAAGUUCAUACGACAACAUAUAGAUGGGAAGGUUUAUUGAACAAAUUGAAGCGCUGUCCUGACUUACAUGACAGCUAGUGCAAUAUUUACAAACGAAAACAGUCGACCUUAACACUAAGUUAUAAUUGGAAAGUUUAAAAGUCCGUGUUUCACCCUACCAAAAAUAAGCUGUUUCCUGAAUUUAAAUAAAAAUCGAAGGAACUGUCAGAACUGUAACAUAAUUACAGAAAUGUGUCAAACAAUCAAUGGUAUACAUUUACAUACUUGUCCAAUUACAAAUCAAAAUUUCAAUUACACAUUUAUGGUUGAACUUAUCGUAUAGUAUGUUGGAAAUCAGGACAAAAUUUGGGUUACUUUUUAAAUAUCUCUUUACGGUGGUACCUAUUUAAUGACUGCUCUGUUAAGCGUAUCCGUUUAACACCGUUAUUAAGCAUUACAUUUCGGUGUUAAACGAAUACAACGUUUUUGCAGAACAUUAUUUGUCACCUGCUAGAACCGUUAAGACCGACACAGAUAAAUUUCCAUAUUCCAAUCUAAUAGGCCGGAAGCUGCAGACGUAUCAGAGUAAACCGUAUAUCUAGACAAUUGUUGACCGAUAAAUGCUGUCGUUCAUCUGUUACGUUUCUGUUAUGUAAUCAUCGUGCCCAUUGUCACGGACUACAUUGUAGUUAUCGCCUUUUUACUGCGUUGUAAAAUACUGUUACUCGUUCCUUGUGUUCGCCUCCAAAAAGGCAUUAAUCGAAGCAAGAUUAUUAUUUAAUAAACUGGAUAUUCAUGCA